AACCGUGUGCGUAUUGCUUUGGAACUUGAUGCUUUGUCUCUUGAAGAUCUCGGCAUAUUUCUCUUUGGCUUCUUGUCACGUCGUAUGAAGUGAGGGACUCGUAUCCGUUGGGUUUGUGUGUGGAGUGGCAUGGUACCGGCCCGUCCUCGGGCCUUUUUCUGCGGUGGAAACUCCUCUUCUUCUCGUGUUGGUGUGAUGAUUGCCGGAUCCAAGCUUUAUCCUGGCUGCAGAGACGCAUUUUCUUUUCAACUCUAAAACCGUAGCAAUCCGCCUAUCUUUGACCCUGAGCGAGUUCCCACUGUUUUCACGAUUGAGGCCGAUUUCUUGGCUUGCUAGCCUCCUCCUUUCUUGCAUUGUGGCAGCUGUCCCUCCGUGUUCUAAAUCUUCAGUGCUCGUAGCAGGUCCCCGACAGAAAGACGUUUUUUUCAUUGCGGUUCCAAGGACGUUCCCGGAGUAUUUGCAGUUCAGUCUCCCUAUACGAUCUACUAGCACAAAGCACGAAACUGCGUUUGCUUCUCCUUCUUUGUAGGUUAAGCAACAGUCUUGAGCCAAAAAAAAUUAAAGAGGGCAAUCCAAAUUUCUUGAUUCAGGGGACGAUACACCAGUGCCUCUGAGACCCACUCCUGCCAUGCCACAAUGGGGCAAACUCAGAUCCUGUAUUAGGGUACGUUAAAUACCGGAAUGAACAAAGCUCCUGACCAGAGAAGGUACUCACGAAAACUGGAGCCCUGAAGUAGUGCUAGCGUAACUCAGGGAUGGUGAUUGCAGGGAAAUUAGUGUGGAAACGAAUAAACCGAUACAGAAUUCUCUAGUUACUAGCCACACUAGUCUACCCACAUGCAUGCACGCAGUUGUCUCGUCCCCUGUAUCUGGACGACUAUUUUUUUGCAUGCACGAGAUAGUACGGACGCGAAGAGCCGAAAGACAAAUAAAACGUUGACAUUCUGACGCCGGCAUAAGAAACCAUUCCCAGACGACACUUUUGAACCCAGCCUAGUGAUGGUCCUGACAGCAUGAAAAUGAAAAGCCUUUCAGCGUAACUCAAUCGCGAUCGGACAUACGUGUCGCGGAUGGUUUCUCUUUGACCGUCCAUAACAAGCGGAAGUGUGAAAUUUCCGGAACGAAUCUUCUUUUUUUCUCGGUUUCAAGCUUUGUUGAUGUGCAUUUCACCGCCUUGCGCUACUGCGGCUGUCUUUUCCAUUCCUAGCUGAGGCAAAGGGGGAUGUGGAAUGCAAGUGUGCAUCCCCCGAUGCGAGCGCACAAAACGUUUGAGCGGAAAAGGUGCACAUUGGUUAACAAAAAAGCAUCUGUCUAUGCUUAUAUCCAUUACACGUCGUGUGUCAUGUGGAGUGUUAGCUUUGGUGUGUCUUUCUGUUGAUAUACUGGUGCCCUACAAUCUCUUCGUUGUGAAAAAUAUCCUGUCUUGCUAAAGCUGUAGAUUCUGUGGUUUUAAAGCAACGUUUUGGGGUUCCCUCAAACCUGGAAGCGUGCGGCGAUUUCUCAUGGAAACCCGAGCGUUUUCCUGGGCGUCUGUCCAUGUGUCUGUUCUCUGUUAAACGGGUGUUUACGCGAAAUGCCAAACAUCCUUCUGGCUCGGUUCGCGUUCACAUGCCGCCACACCUUCUACGGGGAGCUACCUAGAAAUCACAUUUAUGCCGGCUAGCUCUCGUGUCUGCAUUCGGUCCCGGCCCUCCACGGGUUGACCAUCGUACCUCUCAGAACAGACAUCCGAUUGUCCCAGGGUGGUACUCUUCCCCGCUCUUCGUGCUCGUGGCAACUUGCUGCGCGUCUCAGUGCGUACGCCGCGAUGUCCCACCUGUCUACCUAUGCGGAAGUGUGCGAAUAUCUGUUUAUAGAUGCAAACUACUUUACUGUAUUUUUGUAAUGUCUUCGGCAUGGGAGUGGAUAUGGUUUGUGUGAGUAUGUGCCAGACGGAGACAAAGGACGCCUCUCACGUUUGAAGCAGCGAAAGGAAUGCUCGUGUUCGUUGUUGUUCUGUGAGUUUCGAAUGUGGAGGGGAAACUCCUCACCGUUUCAGCUCUCGGGUAGUUGCGGGUUGUCGCCGAACAGGGUAGCGUGGAAAAGGCUUCCGGGCCUUCCUCGCGCACCGUUAUUCCCCUCUCGCUGUUCCUUGUUUCCUUCGUCACUCUCCUUAGGUCACCCGAAGCGCCCACCUACCAUCACACGGCAAGCCUGUUCAGUAGGCAGGCGGGUGGAAACAAUCACAAAAGUACAGCAGUUCAGUGUAUUCCUCAAACCUCACUCCACUAUGAACAUUUCGAGCGGGGGCAUUUUUUCACUUUCGAGUGAUGCACCCUCUAGUGCAGCUGGGAUGCAGACCUCCACUCAGCACCAACAGGCGGACAACAACGCGCAAGCAGAGGACACCAUCGGCGUAAAAACAGAAAAUGGAAAAGUCGUGGGAACAAAGGAAAAGAGACAGGCUGGCCGCCCCGACCCCAUUGUUCAGUAUGUCUUGCUUCGGAAAGAUCUCCAGACAGCGCUGGGAUGGCCGACAGGAGCAGUCAUUGCUCAGGCGUGCCACGCUUGCAUUAGUGUAGUGGCAUCAGCGUAUUCGGAGCCAGACGUGCAGGCGUACCUUGCAGAAGGCGACAACAUGCGGAAAGUCGUUCUGGAAGUCCACAGCGAAGAGGAUCUUAGAAAAAUCAGCGAGACUCUUGACACAAAAGAUAUUUGCCACAAACUGUGGAUUGAACAACCCGAGGGGAUCCCAACCUGCGUGGCGAUACAGCCUAUGCGGCGGUCGAAAGUUAACUCGUUACUCAAGAGUUUCAAACUCUACUCGUAGAAGAGAAAGUAUAGGGUGGGCAUUUCUUUUGGAAAAACACGCGUGACCAAUUCUUCUCUGACCUUCCCGAGGCGACCUCGAUUUCCAGGAUGAUACGUCUUUGUCCCCAUUAACAAAAAUUCGUUUUUCGUUUUGAAAGCCGCAAACUUGGGGCUUGGGGUGAGAAGUUUUCGUUUCAGCUUGCUCGCAUGUUGCCCGAGCAGUGCUGUGCAUGCGUACGCAUGUGAGUAAGCACACUUCUUGAUUUACGCACAUGUAAGGAAAUGUGCGUUUAUGCACGGU